AUGCAAGAAGAGGAAGACUCAAGCAUGCACUACAACAAUCAAACUCAGCAAGAUGAAGCUCAAGCAUCAUUGUUUGCAGAAGGGACUCUCCAACCAAACAGAAUACAACUCAACAUGCAUCAAAAGAGAGAUAUAGUUGAUGCAAUGCUGCUGAAAAUGCAAGAUGCACUGAAUAUUUCACAUGUAACUCUUCAUUAUUUGAAGAAAAAGGGAAGGCUCAGAACUCACACAGCAAGCAGUAAGCCAGCACUGACAUCAUAUCACAAGGUUGUUAGAAUGAAAUGGGUUUUGUCUCACAUAAACCUAAUCCAAGGUAAUGAGAACCCCACAUUUGAGGACAUGCAAUAUACCAUACACAUUGAUGAGAAAUGGUUUUAUCUCAACCCAAAUAAGAGGAGAUUCUAUUUGCUACCAAGUAAGGAAGAUCCCUAUAUGGCUCAACAAUCAAGGAGGUUCAAAUUAAAAGUUAUGUUCAUGGCCAUUAUUGGGAAGCCUCUGUAUGGGAGAAAUGGGGAACUCCUAUAUGAUGGGAAGUAUGAGAUAUUCCCAUUCACACAACAAGAAAUGGCAAAGAAGUCAAGUAAAAACAGACCAGCUGGCACAUUGGUCACUAAAGCCACUCAAAAUGUGAACAGAGAGGCAAUAAGACACAUGUUAUUGAACAAGGUCAUACUAGCUAUAGUGUCAAAAUGGCUAGAAAGUGUGCCAAAAAAUGUGGUCAUACAGUGGGAUAAUGUAAGGCCACAUCAAAUACCAACAGAUGAAGAGUUCAUUGCAGCAACACAAGCACAUGGAUUUAACAUUUAG